AUGAAAUGCACCAACACCCUGGGCUCCUACGAAUGCCGCUGUCCCAAAGGCCUGCGACUUUCGGACGAUCUCAAGACCUGCGAGGACGUCAACGAAUGUCUUCUGAGAAACGGCCAUGGUCCUUGCCAGGACACUUGCGUGAACACUUUCGGCCACUACAACUGCAGCUGCGCGGGACUCAACGGGACCAAGCUGGCGGCUGAUGGAGAGUCUUGCGAGGACCUCGACGAAUGUGCGAAAUACAACGCAGGCUGCUCCCACGAGUGCAUAAAUACGCUGGGAAGGGCGUUUUGCAGUUGUCCGCAGGGGAUGGAGCUGUCCCAUGACUGGAGAACUUGUCAAGAUAUUGAUGAAUGUGAAGACGACGUCAUCAAGAAGACUUGCGAGAACGGUUGCCUCAAUACCAUUGGCUCCUAUCAUUGCCUCGGCAUGCAAAACGAUCAGGCGUCAGUGAAUAUCGUAUGCAAACCCCUGUUUCCUCCUUCCAGAGGGUUCAUCAGGUGUUCGAGGAACAGAGCUUUCCAGUCGUUCACAAGGAAAGGAAGAAAACGAAUCAUAAAUAGUCCUGGAACAGUGUGCGAGCUUAUUUGCCCUAAGAAGUAUAAAAUUUCGAGGAAAUACCACGUUAUGUGUGGAUUGAAUGGGCAAUGGGUAGGAGAAAAGGAUGGAAAAUGCCUUGAAAGAAGAUACCAGCUUUAG